AUGACGCGUCCCAAUAUGAUCAAGGCCACCAAGAAGGCCAUCAAGGACAGCCCCAAGGAGAUUUUCAACUGGUAUCUCCUUUUCUGCACCUGCGUUUGGAGUUUCUCUGGUGUUGCCAAGGGCUUCGAUGAAGGAAAUAUUGCCUCUCUGGUCAUCAUGGACUCCUUCAGGUCUCGAUUUGGUAUUGCCAAGCAGUCCGAAGCCGACUAUGCAAACACCAAGGGAUGGAUUGUCGCUAUUGCCACUGCCGGUGCUGUCUUUGGCUGUCUGGGCUGUGUCUGGCUCACUCAGAGGCUUGGUCGCACCUACACGUUUCAACUGUUCACCAUUAUCUACAUCGCCGGUGUCCUUGGCCAGACCUUCAGCGACGGCAAUCUAGGUGCCCUCUACGCCACGCGUGUCAUCGCGGGUCUCGGUAUCGGUGCUACUACCGUGUUGCCUUCGGUCUAUAUUGCAGAGAUUUCCCCUCAGCCUAUCCGUGGUCUCCUGACUUUGCAAUACACCUGCUGCCAGCAGCUCGGUGUCGUCUUUGGCUUCUUCUUCAACUAUGGCGUCACACAGUAUCACGCCAACACCGACCUCCAGUGGCAGCUGCCAACGGCUCUGCAGGUCUUGCCCGCCGUCAUCUGGGGUAUCGGAUCAUUCUUCACCCCCGAGACCCCUCGAUUCCUCCUCAGCAAGGGCAAGCGCAGCCAGGCUCUGGCUACCCUCUGCCGCUUCCGAAACCUCCCCGAAGACCACCCGUACGUCCAGGCCGAGUUCCAGGGCAUUGAGAACCAGCUCAAUGCCGAGAUCGAAGUCGUCGCUGGUGCCUCGACCCUCGACCUUGUCAAAGAGACUUUUGCCGACCUCUCUAACCGUCGCCGCUUCAUGCUCAUGUUCUCCUGCCACGUACUCGGACAGUGGUCUGGCGCCAACGCCAUCACGCAGUACAGCCCGACCAUCUUUGGCUACCUCGGCAUCGUCGGCACUGAGUCGCGCUUCCUCGCGACCGGCUUGUACGCUGUUGUCAAGUUUGUGUCUGUGCUGCUCUUCUCCAUCUUUGUCAUCGAUUUCAUCGGCCGCCGCCGGUCUCUGAUGACGGGCAUCGUCCUCCAGAUUGUGACUCUGGCGUUCGUGGGCGCAUACCUGCGAGCCACAACGGGCAUGUCGGUUGCCGUCAUCGAGGCCUCGGCCAGCGCCAUGGCAGCUUCCCGCGCAGCAAUCGUUGCUAUCUACAUCCACGCCCUGGCCUGGUCCAUCGGCUGGUUUUCCAUUCCCUACCUUGUCUCGGCUGAGGUGUUUCCCAUGCGCAUUCGCUCCCUCAACGUCUCGGUCCUCAUGGCAGUCCACUGGGCCAUGUACUUUGGCUGCUCGCGUGCCAUGCCUUCGCUCCUCGCUGCCACCAAUCGCUUUGGUGCCUUCUUCUUCUUCAUGGGCAUCUGCGUCAUCUCGCUCGUCUAUGUCUUCUUUGCAAUGCCCGAGACUUCUGGUCGUUCGCUUGAGAGCAUGGACAAGUUGUUCGACCACCCAUGGUACAAGGUCCACAAGAUUGCCUACCCGACGGCCGAGGAUCUGAAGCCUGCUGCUCGCAGAGAGCUCGAGCCCGAGUCGAAGAACCUCGAGGAGGCUGGCAUGGCUGAUCACGCCGAACGGACCAUCUCGAACCAGGAAAAGGACUCGCACAGGGCGUGA